AUGAUUGAACGAGCUCAGCUUUUGCAUGACCAAGUUGCUUCUCAUAAGCCCCGACCACCAGAGGACUCGGCUGCACAGCUCACUCCAUCACGGCGAAAUGCUAUAGUACGAGUGACACCGUUACCGCUCUUCGAAUCUCCCCAAAACGAGAACGAAGAAAUCUCUAAUGGAGUGGCUUAUUGGUACCAGAAUUUCCGAGUUCAGAUAUGGUCCCCGGUAGCAUCGAUGGUAGGUAUACACUGGGAAAAGGCGGAAGAGCUUGGUUGGCAGAUGGGGAGAGAGGAGAUCAUCCAACGCUCCAACAGAUUAAUGGCAUACCGCCGAGAUUUCCGUGGUAAGAGUCUCUGA